AGGGUUUGGCCCAAACUUAGAUUUGAUUUUUGAUUGAGGAGCGGGAAAAACAUUUCCAAUUCAUUUCAAUCUCUCUCUCUCUCUCUCUCUCUCUCUCUCUCUCUCUCUCUCUCUCUCUCUCUCGAUCCAGACUCUCUCUGCCAUAGCUACUCCUUCUCUAUGCGCUUCAAAUCAUCAAACUUCAAACUUUUCACCAACCCAGUUAUCCUUUCUCGGCGAAUUUCAAAACCCAAUUUUUCAUUUUCAGAUAUAUUCAACCCUUCGCCAGAACGUUGAAACCCUAGGAUUUUCCCCCUUUUCUUAGGGUAUUGAAAAUUGAUGAAAUUACUAUGAUUUUCGUUGCGAAUUUGUCUACUGAAGAUGACUAAAGAUACACCGGAAUCGAGUGGAGGAGCAUUUCAUACGGUUCAUGCAGAGCGUGAUUUACAAUCCAAUUGGGAAGUUGACCUAGCAAAGAAACUUGAAGAGUAUUUGCUUAAAAUAUGCUCUGGUGAAAUCAUCGGUGAAGAUGAAGGAAGCAUUCAUGUGAAUUUUGCUGAAGCUGCUCUGCUUCUUCAGGGUUCGAUUCAAGUGUAUAGUCGAAAGGUUGAAUAUCUCUACAACUUGGUGUUGCGUACUUUGGAGUUCCUUUCUCAUAAAAGACAGGCAGAUCAGGUAGAUGGGGAACCAGUCCAGCCUGAAGAUGCUGGCCCAUCUGCUGUUGCUGCUGAUGAAGAAAAUGAUCAUUUCUGGGGCUUUGAUGACAUCCCAGUUGAUGAAAAGAAUUCAUUGGAUAGUUCAACAGGCAAAGAUGUGAAUUUGGAUCAAUUCAUAAAACCCCCUGCAAAUCUAGUUGUUCUUGAAAGCGAUUGCUUGGAUACUGGUGGUGAUGGAGGGGAAUUGGAGUCUUAUCUGCUGUCCACCACUGACUUGUACCAGGAUUUUGUUUUAUUGGACACAUCCGAUGCUGUUGCAGUUCAUGAGUUUAUGAAGAGCCAGAAUGCUGGUACGACAGAUUGUGGUACUAAUAGAGCAACUUCAAUUCGUAAAAGCUUUCUUUCUCCUAGACGUUCUGGUGGAAGUGCUCAUAAAUCAGUUGCAAAGAGUCAGCGUGCUAAUUCCAUGUUCUCUCCUAAAAAAUUUAGUUUUGAAGACAAAGAUGCUCGGCCCAGUUCUCCGGCCUCUGCUGGUUUCGAUAACAGUAACUUUGGACCUAAUAUGGAUGAUGGAUUUGAUGCACCAAUGGAUGCAGACAAUUCUGAUGCAGAUGAUGAUGAUGAUCCAUGGAUACCAUUGAAUCCUCAUGAACCAGGAAACUUGAGAGUGAAGCCCUUUCGAAAAGUGAAAGCUUCAAAAAAGGUUAGAAUCAAUGUUAGACCUCGAGUAUCUAUGACCACCUUGUUUCCACUUGCAAAGUUGCAUGGUCCUAUCAGUCCAGAGCUCACGAAAAUGUGGGAGAUGCGACGUUGUGCCCAUCAACGACAAAAGGAUUCUCAAUCUUCUCCACCAUUAUAUGAGAAGCUGAGGCAAUCUCUUAUUAACGGGGAAAAUAAAACUGAUGAACCAUUUCUCAACACUGAAGAUGACAAUGUCAACGAUGACAACGAAUUUGAUAAUGGAAAUCCCGAUUUUGAUAUGCCUGGCAAUGACUUCAUGGAUGAAGAUCCACACCCUUUCAAUAAUGAGCAUGAAGUUGAUGAUGUUCAUGCUCAUGCUGAUGCUGAUGAAGCUGUAGAUCUUGAAUUUCCAGAUUCUCAGACAAGUUUGGAAGAUCUCUGCCGCUCUCAUCUGAAUGCUCUCCUAGCUAGCAUAGCUGAAACUGAGAAGCAAACAGAAAUGGUUGCCAGGAUUUCAACAUGGAAACAAAGAAUUGAGCACAACUUAGAAGAACAGGAAUCACACCCACCGUUUGAUAUCCGAGACUACGGUGAAAGAAUUCUUGGCAAACUAUCCCUUGAAGAAAGCGGUAGUAGUGUCAUGCCCUUUUCUAAUUUGGUCGCGGGAGAAGUAAAGUACGACGUUUCCCGAAGUUUCUCUUCACUUCUUCAAUUGGUGAACAAUGGAGAAGUUGAUUUACAAAGACACGAUGUCGCUGGUGAGUCUUUUUGUUACACAUCUGUUAAUCCUUUUCAUGUUAAGCUCCUAAAGCAUCACAAGAAAAAGGAGGUUACGAAGCAGUUUGGUAUAGCGAAAAAGCGAGCAAAGUCUCCAAUAAAAAAACCGUCUCCAAAUGGUGAGAAAAAAACUAGAAGAGAAAAAUCUCCAACAAAAAGACCGUCUCCGAAAGAAGAUGAAAAGAAGAAAACUAGACGAGAAAAGUCUCCCAUCAGUUCAUCUUCUAGGAAUCAUCGAUCGACAUGGUUAUCAUCACCUACCAAUACCAGGUCAUCUUCUCAGAAACAUGGACCAACAGGUCUAUCAUCAACUACCAUUACCAGUUCAUCUUCUCGGAAACAUGGACCGACAGGGUUAACAUCACCUACAAUUAACAAUUCAUCUUCUCGGAAACAUGGACCGACAGGGUUAGCAUCACCUACCAAUUGUAAGUUUUCUGUAAACCUUGGAAAAGAGAGUACUAUGAAGUUCUCUCCUGCAUCCAAGAGACGGCGUAGAUCACCAUUUAUCGAGUCAGUUAAUUAACGUACAUUCAGCAGAGUGACACUGACAUUAACAGCAGCUUAUUCCAUUCAGCAUGAAAUGAUUUAAUGAUUUAAUUCAAGACAUUUGCUGAAUGUCUUACUCCCUUGGUUAAUUUGUGUAGUCAUUAGAGUCCUAGUUUUCACUAAAUAGCAAUUUUUCAUAAUUUCAACCUUGUAUCAUUAUUGUUAUUUUCCAAAGUAGUAACAUAUUUUGAUGUAAUGAUAUAAUCUUGUAACACUAUGCAUUCUUAUUAAUGUACGUAAUAAUUUCCCUCA